AUGGCACACGGAACAGUCGCAGUCAAUGGCAAUGCCAGGAAGCCCAAGGUUCUCAUCCCGGAGAAAGUCUCGCCGGACGGCCUAGCCCUUUUGCAAGCGUCCCUGGAGGUCCACGAACGAAAGGGCUUGAGUCCAGAAGACCUCUUGCAGAUCAUCGGAGAGUACGAUGCACUCAUUGUACGCUCCGAAACAAAAGUCAACGCAGCACUUCUCGCAGCUGGGAAGAACUUGAGAGUCGUUGCGCGGGCUGGUGUGGGCGUCGACAAUGUUGACCUUCAAGCAGCAACGAAGCUAGGAAUCAUCGUGGUGAACUCGCCACAGGGUAACAUCAAUGCUGCUGCGGAGCAUACGAUCGCCUUGCUUAUGGCGGUGGCGAGGAACGUGGGAGUAGCGUCAGCCAGCUUGAAAGCAGGCAAGUGGGAGAGAAGUAGGCUCGUGGGUAUCGAAGUGAAGGGCAAGACGCUGGCCAUACUUGGGCUGGGGAAAGUCGGUCUUACUGUUGCUCGAGCCGCAGGAGGCUUAGGCAUGGAUUUGAUCGCCUACGACCCUUAUGCCAACCCGGCGCUUGCCGCUUCUGCAAAUGUCGAGAUCCUGCCUACUAUGGAUGAGGUAUUUGAGCAAGCAGAUUUCAUGACAGUACAUACACCCAUGAUCGCAUCUACGAAAGGCAUGAUCGGCGAAACUGAACUCUCGAAGAUGAAAAAGACAGCUCGCAUUCUCAACGUGGCCAGAGGCGGAAUCAUCGACGAGGCAGCACUACUAGCAGCUUUGGAGGCUGGGACGAUUGCGGGAGCUGGCAUCGAUGUCUUCACCUCUGAGCCUCCGAAGCCUGAUGACACGGCAUCCAAGUUGAUCGCACACCCUGCGGUCGUAGCUACACCGCAUCUUGGCGCCUCGACCAUGGAGGCACAGGAAAAUGUGUCCAUUGAUGUCUGUACGCAGGUGCUGAGCAUUCUCUCCGGGCAAUUACCUCGCUCCGCCGUAAAUGCCCCGAUUAUUCUGCCAGAGGAGUACCGAACAUUACAGCCUUUUGUGGUGUUGCUGGAGAAGAUGGGAAGCCUGUUCACUCAGCACUUCUCCCCUGCCAAUACUCGACAACAGCUGCGGACGACGUUUGACUUGACAUAUGAAGGAUCACUAGCUUCUGCGAACACGACUAAACCACUCUUCGCCGCACUUCUCAAGGGUAUGCUGUCACCCAUCACAAGUGCUGAGUCGCUCAACAUCAACAUUGUCAAUGCCGAGCUUGUGGCUAAGGAGCGUGGUAUCUUGAUCAAUGAGUCCCGAAGCCGUGAGGCACUGGAACAGGAAGGUUUCGCCGCAUCAGUUACGCUGAGAGCACGACUGGAUCCUAGAUCUCCAUCAGCGAGCCGUACCAUCCGUAGUGACCCCAUGGCGGACGCUACCAACUCUAGCAGUCGUAAAAAGAAGAUCGAGGACCAAGUCAUCACAGGGUUCGUUUCGAACAACACACCAUACAUCUCACGCCUAGGACGGUUUACUACUUCGUUCGUUCCGGAGGGUACAAUACUUAUCGGACGCAACUACGAUGAGCCUGGCAAGAUCGGCGUGGUUGGAGGUAGGCUUGGGAAAGCUGGUGUCAACAUUCGCUCGAUGAGCGUGGCACCUAUAGAAGGAGACGGCGAUGCGUUACUGAAGGUGGACAGCGUUCUAGAAAGUGCUCCUACCCCGCAGAAGGAAGCUUUGAUGAUUCUAGGCGUUGAUAGGGCUGUUGAGGAGAACGUGCGGAAGAGUCUUGUUACUGAAGAUGGACUGCUGGAGGCUUCGAUCGUGGUGCUUUGA